GGCCUUAAUACAUAAAUACAGAGUCAUAGGUUUUGUGUUCGACGGAGCACCUAGCAUGCAUAUCGUCGAAACCAAUCAAGCCACUGCCGAUUCCUUCUCCUCCCAUGGCGGCGAUUUGGAGUUUCGAUUUGACCGAUCGAGAUGUUGUUAAUAUUCCGGGAGAAACACCAUCGGAGAUAACAGAUAUGGUGAUUUUCAAUGAGGAGGGCUUUGGAAACGAUACUGAUAUUAUGGAAACUGUGAAGAAUUUUAAUAAAAGUGACGAGGGUGUUUUUGCCGUAGCUUCCACCACACGUUCCUUGAAAGUACUGGUCGAGUUCUUGAGAUCCCCAACGGUGAAUAUACCUGUGAGAGACCUGGACAUAGGAAGGAUCACCCCAGUGGAGAUCAGGAAGGUCUAUAAAACGAGUGACGGGAAACGGAAGCUGUCCACCAUCUUGGCGUUUGAAGUGGACGUGACACCGGAGGCCACUCAACUGGCAGAACGAUUGCAAGUCAAAGUCAUAUUUGGCGGUGUGCUUGAAACGUUGUGCCAAGAAUUCAAAGAGCAUGUCAAAGAAACAAAAAUUGAUGACGGAGCAAUCCUCCCAUGCGUCCUCAGCAUCUUACCCGACCUUGUGUUCAACAAGGACAACCCAAUAGUCCUCGGAGUUUUAGUUGUUAAGGGUUUCAUUAAGCUUGGAACUCCCAUUUGCAAUAUGGGACGUGAUUGUCUGCAAACAGGACGUAUUGCAUGGAUUGAGAAGGACCAGAAAUCCGUAACAUCUGCUGAGGAAGGCGAGGCGGUGAUGAUCAAGAUUGUUCCAUCAAACCCGAAACAAGACGGAUUUAGCUCUGGAAGGCAUUUUGACAUUAGUGAUCGGAUCCUUAUCAGUCAGAUGACUAGGGAAUCUAUGGAUGCGCUCACUUCUAAAUUCAAGGACCAAUUAAACAUAGCGGACUCCGAGUUCUUGUCUGAUAUGGAGUGCGUUCUCAAUAUCAAAUAAUAUGUAACAAUAAUUAAAAAGAAUCGUAUUCACUUUUCCAGGGAUCAAGUUACCUGCUUGAGCAUCUAAUAUUGUUCGUUUGACAUUAUAAAUUUGCUACGUUAUGAACUCAUUUUCAACAAAACAUUAUAUAUAGUGCAGUGUUGUUCGUUUA